AUGACAGAACUUUCUGAAAAGAAACAAAAGAAGGUUCACAAUGAUUGUGUGCCAGUGCUGAAGGAAAAGAUUCAAGGAGAUGAGAACGAGCACAAACUGAAACAAGUGCUAGGAGAUGACGAUCAUAAAUUAUUUGAAUUCUUCGGCAUGGUGAUGGAGCUAAAAGUGUUAGAGCCGCUAUUCACAGCUGCUAUCGUCACUUUUCCACCGAUCAUGGCAUUCUCUUCACUGUAA